AUGAAAAAAUUAAAAGGUGAAUUUGAAGCAGGUGUUAAUUUUGGAUUAUUUAAAAUCUCUGUUAAAUAUCAUAUUGAGGAAAGUGAUAGUUCAUCAUUUUCAAGAAUAAAUUCAACAUCAUCAAUUGUUUGGGGUGGUUGUGAACCAAUUGAUAAUCAAAAUAAUAUUCAAAGUUUUGAUGAUGCAAUUAAAAUCAUAGAUUCAUUUAAAGUUGAUCCAAAUAAAUUAGUACCAAUUAGAAUUGAAAUUUCACCAAUACCACAAAGAGUAACAACAAUCUUAUCUAAUAGUUCAAUGUAUUUAAAUCAGUAUAAAAAUAAAAUAUCAUCAAUUGGUUCAUUCUAUUGGGAGAUAGAACAAAUGAUUAUUCAAUUACAAUCAUUUAAUAAAUUUUUAAAUGAUAAUAAUAAAGAUCAACAACAACAACAACAACAACAACAACAACAAAUUUAUUUAAAUGAAUUAUCAAAAGGAGUUGAUGAACAAAUUAAAUUUUUAAAAAAUGUUCAAGAUUCUUUAACUAAAUUCAUUCAAAGUUCAAUGAAAAAUAUUUUAAAUAAAAACAUUCCAUAUACAGAAGCAACAAUUUUUCAAUUAAAAUUAAGUUCUCAACAAAUUAUUGGUUCAACAUUUACAGAAACUGAUAAAGGUAGAUGGAUUGGUCCAACUGUUAAUAAUAAACCAAUUUAUAAAGGAAUUUAUAAAUAUAAAGAUGCUUCAAAAUAUGAAGGAUUAUGUUUAGAUGGUAAACGUCAUGGUAAUGGUAAAUUAACAUAUCGUGAUGGUAAUAUAGAUCAAUUAAUAUCAAUCGAUGGUAAAUGGGAUAAUGAUGAAGUUAGUUUCCCUUCAACUAUUAUUUAUAAAGAUAAAAGUGAAUGUAAAAUUUUAGAUUUAAAAAGUUUAGGUGAAUGGAAAGAACGAUUAAAUAAAAUUAAAAUUUCAAAUAGUUUACAAUUUAGUAACUUUUCAAAAGAAUCUGAUGAAUUUGUUUUUAAAUAUUUCGUAAAUGUGGAUUUAAUUGAAGAUGAUUCAUUUAAAGAUUUUUAUAGAAAUUUAGUUUUAUUUUCAUCAUUUGAUGAUGAUCAUCAACGUUUCAAUUUUAUUUUAUUAGGUAUGACAGGUGUUGGUAAAACAACAAUGAUUGAAUUAUUUCUUAAUAUUAUAACAGGUCAAAUUAAUGAUGAUCCAAAACAAUUACGCGCAACAAAUUUGGAAAAUAAGGAUGAUAUUAUAGGUGUUGGUAAAAGUAAAACUAAAAGUGUUUGUCGAUAUGAUAUUGAAUAUCAUUCUGAAAAUACAUGGAUGUUUGGAAUUACAAUUAUAGAUACACCAGGUUUUAUAGAUUCAAAAGAUUUAGAUAAAGAUGGUCGACAACAUAUCAAAUCCAUCCUAUCAUCAGUGGCUGUAAAUAAACUUGAAAGAAUUGAUAGUGUUAGUUUAGUUUUUAAUGCCGAAUUAAUAGGAAAAAUAAAAGAACAAUCAAAUUUAUUUUCAACACUUUUAAAUGAUACUUUAGAAUGUUUAUCAACUAUAAUAACAUUCAGUGAUAAAAAAAAUCAAAUAAAUCAAGUUAGAAAUGAAAUGAUAGAUAAUAUUAAAGAUAAACCUGCCAUUUUUAUAGACAAUCCAUGGUCCAAACACCCUCACAAUAAAUUUAAAGAAAUCGAAGAUAAUACAGAAACACUUCAAAAAAUAAUGAAAGAAAAAACUAAAAUCAUUCAAGAAUUUUUCAUUGACAGGAUUAAAUCAAAAUCUUCAUUCAAGCCAUAG